AUGAUCGUUUUAGUUGCAAAAACACAUCCCCAACAAAAUUCAAGGUAUGGAAUGGAACAAAAAGCAGCAGCAAAAGAAUUCCGUGAAGAUGUGUCACUUCUUCGAGCUUUUGCUGUCCUAGCCGUUCUUGGAUAUCAUCAUUGGCCGACUGUAUUUUCGCUUGGAUUUAUUGGCGUUGAUAUCUUUUUUGUGAUUUCUGGAUUCUUAAUGAUACAGAUUUUGGAGCAAGCAGAAAAUGAUCGAUUUUAUAGCAUUACUCUAAAUUUUUACUAUCGACGAGUAAAAAGAUUGGUGCCAUUGUAUUAUUUGAUUAUGUUUAUGAUAGGUUUUUCAAUGAUGUUUGUUUAUACAUCAAUCUGGUCAAAGCAAUAUUUCGGUUUCUAUUUUGGAGCCAUAUUUUUCUAUUCGAAUCUAGAAUUGCUGAAAGCGGAUGGGGAUUAUUUUGCUGAGAAUACAGAAAAAUUGCCUUUCCUUCACUCAUGGUCUCUUGGCGUUGAAAUGCAAUAUUAUCUCAUCGCUCCACUUUUAUUUUUCAUCUCAAAGAUUAGCAUUUCCACAAUAAUUCCAUCUCAUUCAAACAUUCUCUCAGCCAUUUUACUCAUUAUAACUUCAUUUAUAUUUCUUCCAUUCAUUCCACAAGUGGCUCCUCCAAGCAUUCAUCAAUUAAUAAUCACCGUCUCUUCUGCUGGUUAUAUACUUUUUGGUGUGAACAGCACAAUCCCUUGGUCAUCUUUCCAUCUCACCUACAUCUCAGCCAUUUCAUAUGCUCUAUAUUUGGUUCAUUAUCCGGUUCUCCGUUUCGCUGAAUAUCUUCAAGAAAAUGCCCGAAAUGUCAUCCAAUUGACAUUUCUGAAUCGUUUAUUGAUCGCAAGCGAAAUCAAU